UCUCUGUGUCCCUCCCCGGGUGAGGAGGGUGUGUUGGGCCUCCGCCCCAUCUCCCUCUCCCUGACGGUGUGUGCCGGCGGUCAGUCUCUCCUCUCUCUGUCAGUCUGGUUGCGGGAGGCCGAUGGCUGAGUACCAGGCGGUGCAGGGCGGCGCGCUCAAGCUCAAAGGAGUCUCCGACCUGGGCGUCAAAAGGAAGAAAAAGAAAAGUAAAGAAAGUAAAAAAAUGCUGCAACAGAUCAUCUCAAAUCAGAAACAGCACAUGGUGAGAGAGGAGGCAGGAGAACAUAAGCGAGUAGCUGUGGAUAAAAGAACUCCAGCGCAGAAGGCGUUUGAUAAGAUGCAGGAGAAGCGGCAAAUUGAAAGGAUUCUGAAGAAAGCAUCAAAAACUCACAAACAGAGUGUGGAGGAAUUUAACCGACAUCUGGAUACGCUCACAGAACAUUAUGAUAUUCCCAAAGUCAGCUGGACGAAAUGAGAUGCAGAAAUCUUUUGGGCAUCUUUUUAUUGGGAUUUUUUUGUUUUCUGAACUCAUUGUAUUUGCAGUAAAUUAAAAUGGAUUUGCUGUCUGUAUCAGUUGGUCUGUGAGGAAGAGACCUGAGCCGUUGCAGAUUAAUCUCUCAUUCGACAGUUUAACAGUAAAUAUAAUGUUUCUGUUGACCUGAUUCUUGUGGUUACAUAUUCUCUAACUUUAGAACAGUUUGCAAUGCUGUGAAAAAAAACAAUAGCUGAUCAUGUGACUUCGAGUGAGGCGUCAACUAUUCUGUGGCAGAAUUGCUUUAUUUCUCUCUAAUUUAUGCAUAGUUGUGUCUUUCUGCAGUAAUGUAUCACAACAUUCAGAUCUGAAGCUAACCAGCUUGCUGAUCCUUGCAUAAAUGGUGGGUAUAGAUUUUUUUUGUUUUAAACACACAAUCCCUUUCAACCAUAGUCAACAUUGAAUUAGUUUUGAAUUUGUUUUUGAGUAUGACUGAAAGGAAACUCAUGGGCAGAGGGAGGGAAGUGGUGAUUGUUGAAUUUCUGUGAUGUCACAGAAAUUUUAUAAAGGAGCUCAUUGAUAUACCUUCUAUUGUUGGGAGUCUGACCAAAGUUGAUGCCAUUCUAUAACAUGAUUGGACUGUCAGCUGUACCUUUGAACUACAUUCCUUCACAUAUUUCUAUCAGUUGAGCUCUUGCCCUGUGGCUGAGCCAGAUUCAUUGGUUGCUGUUCAUUAGGGUGCCUUCCUCCUGAUGUUCAAAAUCUGGCUAAAUAAAACCUCUUAACAUUCA